CGAUAAUAUUCAUUUUUUGAACUCCAAUUCUUGAUUGGUACAUUUUCAUCCAACUCGAAGCCUUUGGGUUUAUUUUGAGAGAGGAAACUUCAAAAUGCAUUAUUUCGGAUAAUUUUCCGUUAUUUUUUUUAAAAAAAUUUCCACAAAGUUGAAUCCAUGAUAGGGUUUUAUUCAGGCAUCCCUUGGAUUGGAUUGAGCUCCAGCGGCAGCUACAAACCCACUAUAGUACUCCAAAUUCCAAUCGAAUUUUUUUUUUAGAUCCAUUCGUGUUGUUUCUUUUCUCUUUCUCGAUCUAGAUUGCUAGAACCUGUUUAAUCAUUGUGAUUUCUUCUUUAUCUCUGUUAAUACUGUGCUCUGCAGUCUGGAGAAGAAGUUGUCGGACUCCAUCAGGGAGGAGGAUGUUAAUGUCCGCAAUCUCUGUAGCUGAGCUGCAACGGUUUUGGCGCUUAAAUUGAUCAUAUUAUACCUCAAAAGAAUGGUCUGUAAAUAUUCUACAAAAUUUUUGAAUAUUUGUGUAGCCUCAUUUUGUAAAUCUCAGCAAAUGCAGAAAGCUGAAGCUGUUAUAAUAGACGGCAUACGGAUAGGAGUUCUCCCGGAUGUAGUGACUUAUAAUACAUUGAUUGAUGGCUAUUGUCGAUUUAGUGGCAUGGAUGCUGCUUAUUCUGUUCUUUAUAGAAUGAGGGAAGCUGGUAUAAGCCCGGAUGUUAUUACAUACAAUUCUUUGAUAGCUGGUGCAACUAGGAAUUUCUCAUUAGAACAAUCCCUUGAUCUGUUUGAAGAAAUGCUUCAAUCGGGUAUCACUCCUGAUAUAUGGAGUUACAACACUUUAAUGCACUGUUUCUUCAUAUUAGGAAAGCCAGACGAAGCCUAUAGAGUUUUCAAGGACAUUAUACUCAAGGACCUUUCUCCUCAUCCGGUUACAUUUAAUACAAUGAUUAAUGGCCUUUGUAAACAUGGAUAUACAAGUAAUGCUAUUAUGUUAUUCAGAAAUUUACAACGCCAUGGAUUCAUUCCUCAAUUAGUUACAUAUAAUAUUCUUAUUAAUGGUCUUUGCAAGGUGGAUAGGUUGAGGGCUGCUAUAAGGAUGCUCAAUGAGGCCAUGGAUUCGGGUCUUGAGCCUAAUGCUGUAACAUACACAACCUUGAUGAAAAGCUGCUUUAGAUCUAGGCAAUAUGAACGUGGAUUUGAGAUUUUUUCUAAGAUGAAAAACAAAGGAUAUGCUUUUGAUGGCUUUGCUUACUGCACAGUUUCUGGUGCUUUUCUUAAGUUAGGCCGGUUUGAAGAGGCAAAAUUUUGUAUGGAACAGAUGAUAAAGAAUGAUGUAGGAAUUGAUAUUACUUUUUAUAACACAUUUAUUAAUUUGUACUGUAAAGAAGGUAAGUUAGAGGCUGCAUAUAAGUUGUUUGAUGAGAUAGAGCCUCGGGGACUAGAAUGUGACGUCUACACACAUUCUAUAAUCACUAAUGGGCUGUGCAGGGUUGGUAAUAUUGAGGGGGCCAUGCAACAUUUGAAUUGUGUGUAUACAACAGGUUUUGCGUCAAACUUGGUAGCCUUAAAUUGUCUAAUCGACAGGUUGUGCAAGGCUGGACAAAUUGACCGUGCAAUUAGAUUGUUUGAAUCGAUGGAAACAAGGGAUUCUUUUACCUAUACCUCCUUGGUGCACAAUCUUUGCAAGGCAAGGAGGUUCCGCUGUGCGUCAAAGUUAUUGAUUUCAUGUUCAAGAGAUGGCAUGAAGGUUCUUAAGGCUACACGACGUGCAGUUAUUGAUGGUCUUUGUUCUUCAGGAUUUACAAGUGAAGCGAGGAAACUGAAAUUCAAAUUACGUUUGGCUCGACACUUUCGUUGAUCAUCUGGGUUUGAAUAUUGAACCAGAUUAUAUAAUUACUUCAACUCUGAAAAUCAAUUUAUUCUGUUCGUGGGCAAUGCAAGCAUCAAGUACUAUAAGGAUGUUUGAGACAGGCAGCACUCAUCAUCUGAAGAAAUUAGACGAGAAAACCAUGGGAGGACUAGCCAACUGUUCCGAAUGAUUGGCUACACAUGGAAGCUGAAAUACUUGCAAAGUGGGGGUUGCAUCAGAGGCUUUAGCCUCGACAGAGGCUUUAGCCUCAACAGAGGCUGUCCUUGUUUAAUAUCGCCAUUUUUGGAUUGAGGACCUCUACAUGUGUGAAGAUGAGAUUCCUCGCCUUCUGCAUCAAAUUUGGGUACAAUAAGCUAUGAAGAUCCACGAAGGUGAAUCUGAUACCAGUGGUAGAUAGAGGGUAGGGAACAAUGGUGGAUCUAAUCUGGUGGCAGCAGCAAACUCUUAGCAAUAGGAGACAAAUGUAGAUUUAGUAGAGGCUUAAUGGAGGGAACAACUAGCAGGCGAAGCAGAGUGGGUCUGCGCAACAAAUCUGGUACCAACCUACUGUUCUGGGUGGUAGAAGUUCUUCAAGCAUCUUGGUUCUAAGCAGGGUUGGGAAAGGUUCUUCAAGUAGAGUGGUUCUGGGCAGCAAGUUCUUUGGUUUGAGUUUCACAUAAAGAAAAAACUGUUUAGUUUCUUCUGAAUCAUUGUGUUGAUUUGGUCCUUCGUAUGAAAACAACAAUUUGUGAACCUAUCUCACAUGGUGUGCUUUGUGUAGUCUAGAAUUCAUAUAAGUAUAUUUCUUAUUCAUAUUUAGUCAAAGGAAUGUUACAUAUUUAUAUAGAGAAUAAAAUAAACUUUAGACACUA